UGCACCCCCCCCACCCACCACCGCCGCCUCCGCUUAUCCGCAUUGGGAUUUUGUAAGCGGCCGCUUGCGGGCUUAGGAAGAACGCCCAGCGACGCUGUCGGGGGGGUCGACGGCGUCGCUCGCAGCCGCCGCCGCCGCCGCCUCUCGCUCGCCCGCUCGGGUGGACGAGCGACCUCCCCACCCCACACCCUUCGCACCAACUCCGCAGGACGUCCUCGGCUCCGUCGCGGACCGAGUCAUGCGCCGGUGAGGCUGUCGCCAUGGAGACGGACGACAUCACCUUCGUGACGGAGGAGGUGGAGAGCGGUUACCACGGUUACGCGGAGACCCCCGGUGGGGUGGAUGUGGGGGGCGCCCCCCCCGCCGGGGCCUCCCCUUCCUCGGGGGCGGGGGAGGAGGAGGUCCACAGAAAGCGGCGACCCCGGGGCCACGGGGACCCCGACAGGAAGGGCAAGAGACCCCGGCCGGCGUAUCUGCAUUACUACACGGAGGCUCACGCUCGAGUCCGGCGCCAGCACCCGGAGCUGCCGCGCUCGGAGAUCAACCGGCGCGUGAGCGAGGGCUGGCGCCGGCUGGCGGUGGGGGAGCGCGACGUUUACCUGCAGCGCGCGCACGCUGAGAGGGCACGUGCCUCCACGCCCGCCACCACGGGGGGGGCCCUGUCCAUGUCCACGGCCCCCUCCCCCGAGCCCCCCACGUCCUCGCCCCUCCCUGGUUUUCGUCGCAUCCUCCCGCGAUCCGUCUACCUCGUCAUCCCGGCAGCGGGGGGCAAGGGGGGUUGGCGCGGGGGCCCCGGGGACAGCGGGAGGGGUGGUGCAGUGGCCGGGGGUCAGGUGCCCGCGUGGGAGGAGGCGGCGGUCGGAGCCGUGGUGGAGGCCGACGCUGCUACCCAGAGUGCCGUGCAGAGCGUCCUGGUGUCACCGCCGGGGAGCGGCUCGGAGAGGGGCCUCGGCGCCACCCCAUCCUCCACCGCGGAGGGCCCCCCACGCCGGCCGGAGCGGGGUCUGGAGGUGGUCGUCAUGGAGACGCUGCCCCCACCGCCCCCUCCCCACGAUUGGGGCGGCACGGAGGGGGCCGUCGCCCCCGUCCACGUGCCGGGGUUCGCCGGCACGCACAGCGCACCACCGGUGGAGGAGUCCAGGGCCCAGUUCAUCCUGGUGCCCGUGAGCAACGCCACUCAGGACGGUCACACGCCCGGCAAGGCCACAGGGAAGUCGACGUACACACGGCGAGGCCGCGGCAGCUGCCCCGGCGCGGGCUGCUGCUUCGGCUACGUCACACGGCACAAGCCUCCCGUGUGCCCGCACUGCGGCACCUGGCUCGGGGGCAAGUGGGUGCCGAGGGCCGGCGCCGUCGCCCGCGGGGCCCCCGCCGCGGCGGCGGCGGCGGCGGCGGCGGCCGCCCCCCCCGCGGCGAAGGGCGGCGGAGGAGGAGGAGGUGGCAAGGGCGGCGUGGACCUUGCGGUCGCGAAGCGGCUGUGUUUAGGAAGCCUGCCCGUGACCGCCGUGUUUGACGUCUCCAUCCAGCUGCACGGAGCCGAGGCUUCCUCGGUGGGCGGCGAGCCCCUCCCCGGACCCCCGACCCCCGCCGGUUCGGCAGAACCUAACCAGGCCGUCGCCGGGCUGAUGGUCGCCACGGCGACGGGACCCGAGGGAGCGGCGCAGCCCCGGGGCCCUCCGUGCCGGGCCGGGGCGGCGGCCAAGGACGCGGUGUCGCCGUCGCCGCCGCCCGACGGGAUGAGUAACGGCAAAGACCCGGGCGCCCCCGCCUCUCGCUCCCCGAUCCUCCCGGCCGCAGUGCAUGCUGGGAAAGGUUCAGCCGAGGUCGCGCGGGUGCCGCCCGUUCUUCCGUCGGGGCCGAGGGUCAGCCCGGCCGGCGGCGUCCGCGUGGGGCUGAGGCCGAUCGCCAAGGAGCCCUCGGCCAGAAAUCCUCGCAGGCACUUCACUGCGUCGUCGCCCAGGCCAGUACAGCUCAUCGCAGGAACACCACCGGUCCGCGGAAUGUUUGACAACUUCGCAAUACAGCUACCGCUGGGGGCCUCCGGCCCCGGGCGGACCGUGGCCCUGCAGCCGGCGCCGCCCCCGGCCCUCCCUCCACCGACACCCUUCUGUGGCCCGGUGGGGCCCGUCCAGCGGGUAUCCCCGCGGCCCCUCCGCGCCAUCCUGCCCGCCGUGGCCACCGCGGUGCCAGCCGCCACGCCCGCCCCCGUGCCCACCGCCGCGCCCGGUCCCGCCGCCACUUCCUCCGCCCCGCCCGCCGCCGCCGCCGCCGCCGCCGGAGUCGCCGCCGGAGUCGCCUUCGUCCAGUUCAUCGCCGUUCCCGGCCCCCGCUGCUCGGCAGAGGGGGGGGUUCUGGUGGCGGGCGGCGGGGGUGGGGGCGGCGGGGGCCGCCCGGGAGAGACGCCCCCCACGGCGGGGGGCUCGGCCCCCCUCGCGGCCACCCUGGUCUCCCUGCCCCAGCAGCAGCAGCAGCAGCAGCAGAUCGCCGCUGCGUUGGCGGUGCAGCCGGCCCCGCCACAAGCGGGCCUCAAAGCCAGCACCCUGAAGCAGCUGGGGCAGGCGGGGACUGGUGGGGAGGGCGCGCAGGUGGAGGAGGGCAACUUUGGCACCCUCGUCCAAGCGCACCAUCGCUUGCAUCACCCCUUUGAGCUGGGCCUGGCCACGUCACGGGGCAAGGGCCACUGCAAGAGCCCGGGCUGCGGUUUUGUCUACAUGAACCGGCACAAGCCUCUCGCCUGCCCCAAGUGCGGUGCCGCCCUGCGCUCGCAGUCUCGAAGGGCCCUCCGCUCGCAGGCCCAGCCCUGCUACGACGAGGUGCUCGAGGCCGUGGCCCGCGCCGACGAGGCGGCCCUGGCCGACGACGCCGAGCCCGCGGGCGACGAGGAGGACCGCGGGGACGCGGUCGCCGUGACGAUGAUGAUGACCGCGGAGGGGGCGGGGGAGGAGGGGGCGCCGGAAGCGGGGGAGGCGGCGGCUGGGCCCGGCGCGCGACCUCUGGCCGACCCCGGCCGCCCCCUCACGGCACAGCAGCGCGUGGUGCAGCGGCGGAGCACCGUCGCUCUGCUGCGCCGCUCGCUGCACAUUCCCGAAUCCGAGGCGGAGCUGGCCCCCGCUCUGGCACGCGUGGCGCUCAGAGACGCAGCGACCUCCCGGGCCGAGGCCUCCUCGUGCACGGUGGAGGAGGGGAAAGAGGCGGGUGAGGAGGGGAGGUGGGGGGGGAGGAGGUGGAGGAGGAGGAGGUGGAGGAGGUGGUGCUGCUGGAGGAGGAGGGGGGGGGGCCUGGUUCUCCACCGUGCCGGGGGGGAGGGUCCUGGCUGGGCCCUCGGCUACGGCCCCUCCGCUCACCUGUGCCAGCUUUGUGGCACCUGGCUCAGCAGCGUGGACAGGUCCAUGCUGGGUCUGGACGAGGAUUGCUGGCUGCUUUCGUCCUGCCACCUCCUGCGUGUGUCCGCCGUGGUGAAGAUGUGUCUCGAGCCUUCUUGCCUCGCUCUGCACGGCUUCUGUGACAUCAACUCUGGGCUGUUUAACGUGGGCAACCGGCUGCUCGUGACCCUUGACCUCUUGCUGCACAUACGUCAGCGUGUGCGUGACGGAGACAACCCCAGCGACACAGCCCGGGAGAUCGUGCACGCCGCCGGCGGCGGGUUCGGUCGCGGGGGGCCCCCGGGGGCCGAGCGGCCGCCCCCCGCCGCGCUGAGCGAGCUGCUGGCCGCCGGCUACUGGGCCUUCGAGAGCCUCACGGCGCGCGACUACAACGACAUGAUUUGUGGCGUGUGCGGGGUCGCCCCGCGUCUCGAGCUGGCGCAGCGUGGGGCCCACGGCCUCCUGGACCUCGACGACCUGGAGCUCGUGUGGCCCGGCGAGGAGGGUGAGGCGAACGAGGUGGGCGGCGAGGAGGUGAGCGCCGACGACUUCUGGUCGCUCAUGGAGACGGAGGCCCUGGAGGCCGCCGCCUUCCCCGGCGCCGCGGCCCCCCGGCUCGAGGCCGCGGCCGUCGCGCCGUUCAUCCCGCCGCUCAUGCGCGGGGCCCUCACCAUCAACACGGAGAGGGACAAGGUGGAGCGGGGCCCCGCCAGCGGCUGUGCGGAGUCGUUGAUGCGCCUGGUUCUGGCGGGGGAGCUGGACGUCGCCACCCUCCACAGCAGCCCCCGCGAGCGGCUGGAGGACGCCUGCCAGCGCUGCGGCCUGCCCUGCAGCGCCACACUCUCGCGGGAGGAGCUGUGCGUGUCGCUCGUGUGCCUCUACGCCUCGGUUCUGGACGGCGGUCGCCCCCCCGGCUCCGAGACGCUGGCCCGGCCAUCGCACACGGGCGGCAAGAUCUACAAAAUGUGUCCCCACCAGGUGAUCAGCGCAUCCAAGUACCUGGUGCGUGCGGAGCGCGCCCGCGACCACGUGGACCUGCUCGUGUCGUGCCUCCACUGGCCGCCCGUCUACGUGAGCGACCUGGCGCGCGACGUCGCUCUCAACGUCGAGGCGCGCUACCCGGCCCUGGCCGCCCAGCUCUGGGGCCUCACGCAGGGAUGCUUCAGCGACCCCUUCGCUCCGCCGCAGCUGGUCUCGUGCCCCGAGCUCCAGGAGCAGUGCUUCGCCGAAGAUGACCCCUCGCCAGAGGGCAGCCUGGUGCACCCGGUUACGCGCUCCACUCGCCGCUGGGUGGCGCAGGCCCCACCGCCGACCGCAACAACCGCCGGGGACGCCGGCGACGGCGACGGCGACGGCGGCGGCGACGGCGACCCCGGCGGGCAUCGGCCGCACCGCUCGCUGUCGGCGUGCCGGGAGCUGGAGCCGUACGACGCCGCGCUGGCCGGCCUGGACGCCUCCCCCGCGAGCGCCCGGCGCCGCUCGCGGCCCGCCCGCUUCUCGUCGGCGCCCCACUACUUCCUCUUCAGCCGCCUCUGCGAUUUCCUGACGAGCCGCGACGUGGUGGCCCACCAGAUCGGCGCCCUGCUCGCCGCGUGCCAACCGGGCCAGGUGCUCAUCCGGGACUCCCUCUACCGCCUCGGCGUGGCGCAGCUGGAGGGGGACGUCGACGAAGGGGGGGAGGAGGAGGAGGCGGCGGAGGAGGGAGCGGACGACGUGAGGGGCGAGGGCGGCGGCGACGACGCCGGGGCGGCAGACGCGGCCACGGACGGGCACGGGGAGGCGGCGGCGGCGGCGCCAAAUGGCGCCGCCGGGGAAGUCGCCACCGUUGUGGGAGGGGGCGGCGCCGGCGGUGGCGGCGUCGGCGGGGACAUUGCGGCGGGUGCCGGAGACGGCGGCGGCGGCGGCGGCGGGGGGGCGGGGUGA